CAGAAGUUACAUAAACUUAAAUCUUCACAUUGUUUGUUGCCGCCACCUCCAGCUGAGUGAAUGUUGUGAGAUAUAAAAGAUUCUGCUCUGUAUUACUGGCCUUGGGAACAAGCAGAGAAUGUUGUCAACUAGAUGUGAUAACAAUUUCUGCCAUCUGUCAGAGUUUAUAGAUAAGUACCAGUUUCUGUAGCUGAAUUGAAAGUACCACAAAGAAAGCCAGCAAAAUAAUAACUGUAGGGGAUGUCUGUCGUCUUGUUAGCAGCAACCAUCUGCAAAGGCAUGUAGUGAGUCCACAAGAUGAUAUGGGAAGUGCAAACAAAAGCUGAAGCUGUGACUCUUGACUGACAUAUACCUGGAAUCCAUUGAAGAAAUAUAUGGUCACGUGAAUGGUGUAAAGUGUGUAGCUUGUAGAAUAUACGGUAUAUAGAUUUUGUCUUUUCAUACAGGGUUUGGAAAGCCAAACUAUACCCAUGAAUGAAGAAAAACAAAUAAUAUCAUCACUUCUCAUUUAAAAUAAUUUUAUGUGUUAUGAUUUUUUUUUUUGUAUUUAAAGAUUUGAGAAAUAUUUGGACGUAAGAGAGAGGAAGUAAUAAGAGGCUUGAGAAAACUGUGUAAUGAGGAGCUUCAUAAUUUGUACUCUGUGGCAAACAGUAGGAUGAUCAUGUAGAGGAAGGUGAAAUGGUUGGAAAACCAAAAGGAAUGAGACCUCAUGGAUUGGAGAGAAGAGAAGUUAAUACAAAAUUUUCAUUGGAAAUCUCCAAAGGAAUGAGACUUCUUGGAGGACCUAGUCCUAGCUGGGAUGUUAAUAUUAAUUCAGAUCAUGAAGAACUGGAGUUGAGAGAGUGUGGGUUCAAAUCAUUUGGCCCAGAAUAAUAACCAGUUGUAUGCAGUUGUGAACACAGUAAUGGACCUUCAGAUUCCAUAAAAUGCAGGGCAUUUCUUGAUCAACUGAAUGACUCUUAGCUGCUCAAGAAGGAUUCUCCACCAUAGAGUUACAGAUUUUAACCAGAUGACUUCUGUAAGUUUGGACCUCCAAGUUGUGAAAAAAAUAUAGUGUGCUAAGAAAUUUGUCAGUCCUGAUACUACUUGAAGGCAGUUGACAAUGCAGGACAUGGAUGCAAGACAUGGGAUGGGCUGGGGUGGCCAGCUGCCACAGCACAGUGGAUAAGGAAUUUGAUCCUCCGGUGGAGAUGAUGGUGAAUGAUUUUGAUGAUGAAAGAACAUUGGAUGAAGAAGAAGCAUUGGAAGGAUCAGAAGACCCUCAAAUUGAACUGUCUAAUCUGCAGAGAGAAGGUGAUAUGCCAUUAGAGGAGUUGUUAGCCAUGUACGGAUACGGAGACCCUUCAGCUGAGAAUUUACAGUCAAGUAGUUCAGAGACAUCAAAUCAAGAGAUGGCGCUUGAGAAUGAUGACAUUGGUCGGGACAUGUUGGAUGAAGAGUGUGAUGAGAAAAGUGGACAAACAGAUUUGCAGCAGUUGUACAUCAACCUGCCUGAGAAGGAAGCCGAAGAGAACGCUGGCACAUCAAGGCUGCUCCGACUCUCACGGCCACAGAGUGAGGAAGAAGAGGAGGACUACGACUACAGUCCAGAUGAGGAGGAGUGGAGAAAAACAAUCAUGGUAGGAAGUGAUUAUCAGGCAGGAAUUCCUGAAGGUCUUUGUAAAUAUGAUGAUGCCCUGCCUUAUGAAAAUGAAGAUAAGUUAUUGUGGAACCCAAGUCCUCUGUCGGAAAAGGACGUGGAGGACUUUCUCGUGAAAGCGCAGGAACCACUUGUGAACAAUGCCCAGGGGGUAAGUGCUAUACCUACUGGGGCUCACACGAGAGAUGAUGAACAGGCCCUCUACUUGUUACUUCAGUGCGGUUAUAAUAUUGAAGAAGCCUUAAGAAGGCGUCGUAUGAAUGUUGUGCCUCCAACUGACACCAUGAGCCUGUGGUCUGAGGAAGAAUGCAGAAAUUUUGAGAAUGGCCUUCGCAAUUAUGGUAAAGAUUUUCACCUUAUCCAUCAAAACAAGGUGAGAACACGAUCAGUUGGUGAGUUGGUUCAAUUCUACUACCUAUGGAAGAAAACAGAGAGGCAUGACAUAUUCGCCAACAAGGCACGAUUAGAGAAGAAGAAGUACACUCUACAUCCAGGGAUCACAGAUUAUAUGGAUAGGUUCCUAGAGGAGCAAGAAAGUGGGGCUGUUACUCAUAGAGAUAGGAGUUCUUCCCCUAACAUCCAUUGCCUUAUUUAUGGGGAUCCGAAACGUCACAGAGUGCAAGAUAAUGCCACAGGAGAGACAGGGAAUCACCCAUCAUCCAUGUCCUAUACUGGAGAUCCACUAAGUGAUUUGGCUAAUCAUCUGGAUAAAGAGAGUUUAGAGUCACUAGUGAAUUUGGCAGCAACCGCAGCAGGAGGAAUAGAGAGUGGAAAUGUGGAACCAAGGGGUGACUCUGAGGAUGGUAGCUCAGCGUCAGGUGCCGCCACUAACACACAGUCAGGUAGUUCCACCUUGAACAGCGUGGAGAUGGCAUUCUCCAGUACAACUGUCACUGCUCCUUCCAGUAUGCUUACAUCCUCAGACACUUCGGCCCAUGCCGCAGAGUCUGUUGCACAGUAACAGGUGCACUUUUUUAAGAUGCAAUAAUUUGAGUGUGGUGUGCAACGAGAAUUUCAGUUCCUUAUUUCUUCACCUCUGGAAUGGGGUGCAUGCAUAUUUUCACCAUUAAUAAAUCCGGUAUAAAUAGAAGACUACAGAAAGGUUUAAUUUUUUACGCCAUAUCAUAGUGAAGCCCGUGGUAUUAAAUGUGCAAGUGGCUGCGAAAGGAUUGAUAAUAAUAGUUCUCAUCAUUUGAUUUCCUUGCAAGAAGUAAGAGUGUUUGCUAACAUAGCAGUCUGAACUAAACCGAGGCUGCAAGCCAAAACAGGUGUUAAAAUUGUGUUUAUUGACUGCAGUGGAUUAUCGUGACGAUGAAGCUGAGGUGGAGAAGUGGAAAAGAACAAUGGGAGUUAUGAACUGAAGUAUCAUAUCAUACAAGAUUGUACUGCAGAAUAUAUAUGUCACUUUGAUAAAACAGUAUUUUUAUUUAAAUGAAAAUUGCUACAAAUCAGAAGCAAUUACAUGUGUAGUAGUGCAUAUUGUUCUAAAAAAUAUUUUAUAAUAAUAUUUUUUAAGUCAAAGAGUUUUCAAAAUAGGUGUGAGAAAGGUAACAUUGGUUCUUUGGCUUUUUCUUAAUUUUGUUGCUUAUAAACUUGUAUAGAUAACACAGCUUGCCCCAUGUGUAAUAUAAUUUGAUUUUACAGAAAUUUGGGCAGUAUUUUGAUCUUAAUACGUCCUCAGGGCACAUCUGAAUAUUUAAGAUAUCUUCUGUGUAACAUUUGGUUUUGUCUCUUAUUAUAGUUCUUGGUGAAUUAAGAGAACCUUCCUUCAGUAAUUUCAAGUGAAAUUGUGUCUAAUAACUGGAAAUACUGUGUUCUUAAAUAAUUUCUUGCAACAUUAAAUUUCUUAUUUGUGCAAAACUUAUUUCAUUCCAAUAAUGUGAGGUAAUUCAGUGCUUUUAUACCAAUUCUUAUUGGUAACCCACCUUUCCAGGGAAUAGAAGUUGACUAAUUAAUGCUUGCAACCUCUUUGUUGGGCAUAAUAAGCUUAGUUAUAUGUACUUACAUUUUGAAGGAACAUACAGCUUUCAUCUUCAGGGUUGAAGUUUGUAGGUUCAGGAACACACCCCUGCCCCCCAUCAGGUAAUUAAUGAUGCUUUCGGUAUUGAAACUUAUAGCAUUGAAUGGUAAGAUGGUAGGUGAGUAAGGAACUGGAAAGGGGUUUGUUAGUCAUGACAUUAAUGAGGAAAUAUCUGUGCUCAGAAAGCCUGAGGAGAAGCCCAAAGCAGCCAGGGUAGCUGGUGUCCCAGCUGAGAUUCAAACUGUGCACUUCCCACAUACAAGUCUAUAGAGUAACCUCAAGACCAGCCUGUUAGUGAUUUGGCUCUAAAGGCAAGUUACAAGGAGGGUGGUCAAGUAAUGCAAGAAAUGUAAAGAAGAAGGAAAUCUGGCCCUAGUGAAAGAAUGGCCCAUACCAGGGAUCCAUUGUGCUUUUAGGAGAAAAGUAGAGUUGUGUGAAGAGUACAGAAAUGAUAUGACAAAGGAAGACUGGCUCUUUAUCGUCAUGGAAGCCUCGUAUUCAUUUCCUGAAGGAAAGGAAAGAGUUCCUCUUCAAGCAUGAACCAGUUUCUUUCUGCUGAAUGACACUGCUAUACCUGGUUCCCCUAUGGGAGAGAAAAGCUGUUUCCUGACUUCCCACUUCUCAUUUUCCCAAGCCCUGAAAAUAUUUUUCCCCCUAUUCUCAAGUGUAGAUUUCUGCCUGUGAGGAAAACUUCUAGUAGACUUGAAUAGGUCUGUUUUUUAUACAUUCUUUGUGCAUCUUCACGUUCCUCAGAAAACAGCAUUGGAUCCCUGGUAAGAUCUGUUCUCUCUUUAUUCUGUUCCCCUCUUUGAUGGUAAACCGGUGUGCCCCAUGUAAGGGGUUUUUAUUUUGUCCAUUUCAUCCCAUUAUCUAGGACAAUUUUAUUGUUUUACGCCCUCUCCUUGUAAUCCGGUUGCGUGACAGCCUACUCCUGAACAUACACACUUUAUUCCUGUUAGUGGAGGCCACUUGCUCCUUUGAGGUUCCAGGAUCUGCCCACAGAACUACAUGUUACAACCCAGACAACAACCUGAAGCUUAAGUAUUUUAUGAUUUUAUAACAUCCUUCUUUCAUCCCUCACCUAGGUCACUGCUGCAGUUCAUAUUUCAUAUUACAUAAUAGGGCUUCUCUGUUGUUCACAGUUUCAGUCUUGACGAGUAACCUAUUGUAAGAACGAAAGAGAAGUCCUGCCUUAUGGGAGCUCCCAGCUAAAAUGUGGAUUCCUUUUUGCACUUUUGCCAGUUGAAAAGAGAUCAUUACGAGUAUGGUUAUACAGAAACAGUGUUUAAAUAUAAUUUAUUGAUAGAAUAUCUUUAAAUACCUUAAAUUUACAACUUUAUUUAAUAUGUACAUAACUCUUCAAGGGGCACGCAGUGGUGUAGUUGGUUGAGGCACUAUGCUACAAGCCAGAAGAUUGUGGGUUUGAAUCCCAAUGAGGUGGAUUU